AUGAUACACGAUGAUGAGGAUGAUGAUGAUGAUUCGCACGAUGAUGAUCAAAAUGAUGAUGAUGAUUCGGAUGAUGAUGAUGAUGAUUCGGAUGGGGAUUCGCAUGAUGAUGAUGAUGAUGGUGAUCAGAUUGAUGAUGAUGAUGAUGAUGAUGAUGAUGAUGAUGAUGAUGAUGAUGAUGAUGAU